CCUCCCUCCGUGAUCUGCGUUUGCUAUCAUUGGCGGUGAGAAAGUGAGACACCCAUGAGGCUUCCCCUGAAUGAUAAGAAUUAAAAUCCCAGAGCCUCGUGUCUUUUCCCUCCUCAGUGUUACUCUCCGUCGUGAGAACUUACGUACCUUGCAUACCUAUAAAUCACAGAAGAUUCCCGGCGGCGCGGUGCCUACGUAUAGUGUAUCGACUCACCUCUCACUACUCACAUCACAAACAUCACCAACAACCAACUCAUCAAGAUGGCCCUCCCAACCCUCUCCAAAGCCGAUCUCAUCGCCCUCUCCGAAACAGACGUAACAAAACCCAUCCCCAAAGAAUCCAUCUUCGCCGCCCUCGCCUCGCCGCCCUUCCUCUACAUCCCCGGCACUUUCAACACCCGCGACCUCGGUCUCCUCCCCCUCACCAAUUCUCCCAACCCCCAAAAAGGCCGCAAAGUCGGAAUCCGCCCAGGCCUCAUCUACCGCUCAGGCGGCUUCUUCCCCAACGGCGGCUUCAACGACGCCGCCAAGACGCAACUGGCCACCCAACUCGGCAUCAAAAAGAUCUUCGACAUCCGCUCCGUAAGGGAACACAGUCAUGCUCCCGACCCGGAGAUUGCGGGGGUACAAAACUUUUGGAUCGGCGGCGCGGAAGCCACGGCGGAGCGCGAGGCGACUGUUAAUCUGGCUGAUUUCCUCGAGGGCAAAGGGGAAAGGGGGUAUGUGAAGAUGUAUAUGGAUGUUUUGGGGGGGUAUAAGGAGGUUAUUGGUGCUUUGUUGCGCAGUUUAUUGGAUGCUCCGAAAGAGCCGAUAUUAUUCCACUGCACGGCGGGGAGGGAUCGGACGGGUGUGGUUGCUGGACUACUACUUAGUUUGGCGGGGGUGAGUGAGGAGGAUGUGGAGAUGGAUUGGAUGUUGAGUCGGAUUGGGACGGAGAUGGCGAGGGCGCAACUUUUGGGGAUCGCGAUGAAGGGGGCUGGGGUGAAGAGUGUGGAGGAGCCGGGGUUUGGGAAUCUGGUGUCUUUGCGGAGGGAGUGUUGGGGGGCUUUUGUGAGGGAGGUUAAGAGGGUUUAUGGAGGGUGGGAGGGCUAUGUGAGGGGGGAGUUGGGGAUGAGUGAGGGGGAGGUGGAGAGGAUUGGGAGGGUUUUGAGGGGGGAGUAAGGUGUGUAGGUAUUCCUAGGUGAAGGUGAGGUGUAGGCGCAAGCGAGAUGUAGGUACGAGUGAGGUGCAGUUACAGAUGUGGGUUUGGGCGUAUGGGAAAGGAUUGAAGCAUUGAAGCGCCGAAGUAUUUAGAGGGCAUGGAUUUUGAUGCGUUGGUCUUUGAUGUAGGUACCGCGCAACUGACAGUUGGACAUUGCAUUGGCGCGACAGGAGAGAACAGAAAGUAAUGUAUAGAGGUAAUUGAUGGAACACCGGGGCAAGCAAUACUCCCCGAUUCAAGCCC